AAACACCACGACUCCAAGUUUCAGUGGUCAGUAUUGGGAGUGGCUCGACCGGAUGAACAAGGACAUGGUGUACGGUGUUUGCGGCGGCGGUUCGGAGACCGGCUAUCAUCAGCCAUAUCCUUCGUCAGCUGAAUUGCAUCAAUACUACGCGCAUUGCCAAGCGUAUGAACAACCACAAGCGUAUUUAUCGCCUACACUAACGGCCUCUGAUGGCCACCAACACAGAUCACAACCACUGCAGGAUGGUCCGCCAUCGUACACAAGCCUCGACGACUACAGCGCCUACCAGCACAUGACGCAGCCUCCUCAGGCUUACGAUUAUGCCCAACCUAAUCCCUGUCCCCCAGGGGCAUAUCCUGGGUACCUUGAUCCCACUGCUCAGUAUAGACACGUUGGCAUGGGGCUAUAUCCCCAUCAUGAUGCUGUCAGGGAGUGCAGCAUGGCUAUGAUGGCAGGGGGUCCUCCUUUACCCCAUCAACAGCCCCAACAAAACGUUCCGACGUACAAGUGGAUGCAAGUUAAACGUAAUGUCCCCAAGCCAG